CUGUGACGGUGUUUGCAAAUACUGAGAGCGAGAGGAGAAGAAGGAGAAAAGGAGGAGGAGGGGGCACUGACGGACACGGACGAAAGACUCGUCUCCUGCUGCUGCUGCUGCUGCUCAACACAGACGCUUGUUCGUCCGCAUCGCAGGAGGAUCGGUCUUAUUCCUUCCAGCCGGAGCGCUUUCUUACCUGACAGAAAUAAUAAUAAUAAUAAUAAUCAAGUGCAGCUAAAAUAGUCUUUUUAAACAGCCGACACUGCUGGGCAAAAUGGAUGUUCUACCCAUGUGCAGCAUCUUUCAAGAACUUCAGAUAGUUCACGACACGGGCUAUUUCUCAGCCUUACCGUCACUGGAGGAAUACUGGCAGCAGACUUGUUUGGAGUUGGAGCGCUACUUGCAGAGUGAGCCUUACGUCUCCACGUCUGAACUCAAGUUCGAUGGCCAGGACGACCUCUGGAGCAAGCUGAUCUUGGCUUGCGGGGAUAAGGCCAAGGCUGAAUCCGACCCAAAGCUGCCUCCGGCCCACGACGAGGACAAUCAGGACAGCCAAAUCUUGGACACCAACAGUGUGAAUUCAGACGCCAGCAGUGAGGCCUCAGACAGUUCUGAGGAGCUCUCGCCCACACACAGCUUUACCUCCAACCCUUUGGGCUCUGUCUUGGUUGGUUCUGGACCUUUUAGCCCCUCUAUCAUUAGCACUCCCCCGUCCUCGCCGGAGGCCAACUUGGAAACCGGCACCGUGACGAACGGCUGGGUCGCCACUCACGGGGAGUUGCACUUGCCCGUCAAAAUCCGAAACGGCGGCGUGGCAAAGAGCGCGGACAAGACGGGACUCGUCUGCGGGGAGUCAUCGCCGGACGGCAGGAGGCGAGUACACAGGUGUCACUUCAACGGGUGUCGCAAGGUUUACACGAAGAGCUCCCACCUUAAAGCACACCAGCGCACUCAUACAGGUGAAAAACCCUACAGGUGUUCAUGGGAGGGCUGCGAAUGGCGUUUUGCACGGAGCGAUGAGUUGACCAGACACUUCAGGAAGCACACUGGGGCAAAGCCAUUUAAAUGCAGUCACUGUGACAGAUGUUUCUCCAGGUCUGACCAUCUGGCUCUUCACAUGAAGAGACACAUCUAGAGCAGAUCGAGCAGCAGAGGGUUAAACGAUUUAGUUUUUUCCUUUUCUUUCUUUGCUUUGUUUUUAUUUUUUUUUUUGUUUUUUUUUCUAAAGAAGAAAAGACAAAUGCCGUCUCCCGGCCAGUCUCUCGGUUGAACUGUCCCAGAGCAGAGUAGCGGGAGUGUGUUCCAGCCAAAGCAUGCCGUUUUGCACCAUACUGAAACCCAGUGCCUCCGAGACCUCUCUUUGGAGAAAGGCGCUCUGAAGGUUGUCUGUUGCAACAAAGAGGAGAAAAUCACGGGAAGAGAAGACGUUGUUUUAAUUUAGAAGGACGAAAAAAGAAACAAACACAAAAAAAGACACAAAAAAAACAACAAAAAA